CUCUAGAGUACAUAAUGGCUUAAUGUAGGCAGUUCUUCAUCUGAUACCGUUCAAUUGCCGAUAUAGUAGACUAUCAGAUUAUAGAAAUUCCUAGAGUCUCCACGUGACCGCAGAGAUGAGCGCGGAGAUUCCCGAUUGUUAUCUCCGUGAUAGCGAGAUUAUAAAUGCUCCCAGGCAGUUCAACUCCACAAUUUCCGCCCUGUUAUCCCAAUGCUUCUACCUUCUUUUUGCUCACAAUUUCAAGGCCAGUUGGUCGGAAUUUUAAUUUCAAGAUGACAAUAGGAGGACGAGAGGAUGCUUCGACCACGGAGAACACGCCUUUGCUGGCGACUCCCGAUGCAGAGAUUGAUAACAAGCAAGACGGGCGUAUGACAGUCGUGCGGACGUUAUCAAUAAGUAUUCUGAUGGGAAUUCUUAUUUUCAUUCAAGCGACGAAUAUUUCGAUGAUCACCACGACGCAAUCAGACAUCGCAGCGGAUUUGGAUGCCUUCUCAGAAGUGACGUGGUUUACAUCAUCCUUUCUGAUUGCCAUGUCCAGCAUCACCCCUCUGGGCGGCCGAUUGUCUCAGAUCUUCUCGCCUCGAAACUAUAUUCUAGGGUCCUCUAUCGUCAUGGCAAUUGGGCUCCUUAUUACUUCACUAGCGAAGACGCUCUGGGUCUUUCUGCUGGGACGCGUUGUUACAGGUGGUGGCGGCGCAGGAAUUAUGGCCACAUCAAUAAUCUUGGUACUGGAAUUGUCAAGCAAGAAACGCAGGGGCCUGUUUAUUGGGAUGGUUAAUGCUGGUUUCACCACGGGCGUUGCUUCUGGAGCGGUUCUUGCAGGGGCUGUUACUCCACAUUUUGGAUGGCGAUGCAUCUAUUGGAUCCAAGCGCCAGUUUCUCUUGUGACAGGGCUUCUUCUAUUUCUGGCAAUACCACCUCGCGAUUCAACAGAUCCCUCGAAAAGCUCAUUGCUACAAAGCCUGGCUCGCGUUGACUAUCUUGGUAUCUUGACAUUCACUGGCUCGCUAGUCCUUCUACUGUUUAGUCUGUCGUCUACCGAUAUCCCUAUCACGCCACUCAUCCUCGGAGCCCUACUCUUUGUCUCGUUUCUGUUCGUGGAGUCAAAGUAUAGCUCCGAGCCCAUUAUCCCGGUGACCGUACUCAAAACACGCAGUGUCCUCUUGACCUGUUUUGCAGGGUCUGGUGUGAUGGUAGCCCGCUGGGCCGUUUUAUUCUACACACCUGUCUACGCCAUCGCCGUACGAGGCUGGUCACCGGCUUCAGCAGGCUUAAUCCUGGUGCCUACCAAUGCCGGAUUUGGCCUUGGAGGUCUGCUCGUUGGAUGGAUCCACAUUCGGAAAGCAGGAAGUUAUUAUAUUUCGUGUUUGAUAAUAUACCUUCUAUUUACCCUCGCAUUGCUUGCACUCACACCACUUUCCACAUCAACUUCUAACGCGGCCAUGUAUGUGGCUGCCACUUUCUUCAAUGGUGCCUGCACUGGGGCGCUGCUUAACUAUACGCUGUCGCAUGUUCUGCAUCUUACGACACCAGAUGUACACUAUAUCGUGACUUCCCUUGUUGCAUUGUUCCGUGGCUUAGCCGGAAGCGUGGGCUCCGCUGUUGGAGGGGGCCUCUUUACUCGUGUGUUGAAAAGAAGUCUGGAGACUGGCUUUGCGAACAAUGGGAUAUACCGGCCAGAUCUGGUCCGCCAAUUGGUUGGAGGUCCAGCAUUCGUCCGAGCUCUAAAUGGUCUGGAGAAGCAAGUUGCCAUACACAGCUACGAGGAGGCUCUGAGAACCUUGUUCUUGGCUGGUAGUGCACUUGCCUUUGCCAUGACUGUUUUGCAGGCGGGGACCGGGUGGAAUGCACCAGAUAGUCACUUGGAAGAGGCCUCUGGUAGGUCCGAUAGCGUUCCUGAGCGAGCAUCAGGCGAGGCAUAGAAGAUCUCGCACGGGUGGCAGGCGUUUUUGGAUCCAUUUUAUAACUCAACGGAUAUGUCAGAGUAAGGUCGGGUACUUCCUAUCUGGGAAACUGUCCUGUUAAUCUGGAGAAGGAAUUCUCCCAGCCUAUGAAUAAAUAAUACGUAGUCUGGCAGUGAGAUGGAGUCUAUAUAGCGGCACAUCCCCAGAUUAUUGCGUGAUCGGAAUGUCUACCGGAUCGCCAGCUCUGUGGGUCAACGCGCAGCUUCGAGAAGCCAGUUCUGCUCGUGGGGUUUAUAGUUAGAUCGUUGACACUGUAGUAUCUGUGUCUCCAUCGACUGUCCCCUUCGAGAUAGAUUUCACCCUUUGCAUAUCCUGCCAGGACAGAACAGCAAGAUAACUGUUUCUGGUGCUUGCUUACAUAAAAAUCGCGGGAAAAUGCCAAGAUUAUCACCUUGAUUUAGAUUUUUUUUUAGCUUCCCACCGUCUUUCGCGCGCAUC